UGCAGGACAUCGGCCCUCCAGGACCGAGUUGGUGACCGCUGAGUUAAGCUAUUCGAGCAUAAACACACACACACACACACACACACACACACACACACACCGCAGUGUAGAGAACAUAAUCGACGUGAUUAACACCGCUGUCUUCGCAGAUGAAAAUGUAUGAGGACUGAAGAAUUUGCUUCCCAGCCUGAUCAUGUGAAAACUAAACGUUAUCUCUUGUCUGAAGAUGUGGUGAAGCUGCAGGAGUUUCAGCAGAGGAAACUUGCUAUUUCCCACCAAGUGUCAGGAUCAAAAGGUUAUUACUUUGAUACAGUAAAUCAGAAAAUGGAGAAAAAACAGCUCAUUUUAAAGGAUGAAUUGAAAAUACUUCUGUAUUUAUGCCAGUCUGCUGAAGAGGUUUUUGUGGCAAGAAAUGCUAUGUACAGGUACCAUGAAGAGAAUCGUAGCAUGGCAUUCGGGGAAUUCAAAUUUGGCCCACUUUUCAUGAGGUUAUGCUAUGAGCUGGGUUUAGAGGAGCUGGGAGCCAGAACUCUGACGGAUCCAGCUCUCAAAGGAUUCUUUUCAGACUCCACAUCCUUUAAUAUUGCCAUCGACAUGCUUUUCAUUAAACAGUGUUACAAAAGUGGCCUGGAGGUGGUGGGAGACAUGAAAAAACAAGGAGUGCAGUUCAACAAAGACACCUUCAUGCUAGCCUUUGCUACUUGUUAUAAACUGAACACCCCAAAGUCAUAUAAUAUCUGUUUGACCCUGUUGGAAGAAGGUCAGACUAAAGGCAAACUCAUCCCUUGCCAUGCUUAUUGCUUUGCAACUGCUCUUGCUCUCAAACAGAAUGAUAUAGAGAGAGCCCAGGCAUUCUACUCUCAGAUCAUGAGCACGGACAGUCGGCUAUGCCAGAACCUAAGGGUUCUCAUAUUGGCUAUGAAAGGGUCCAUGAAAGAAGCAGUCUCUGCCCUCACAACAGCCCUAGUGUCAAAGACUUCAGUGUUUGUGAAGAAACCAGAGUUCUCUCAGGAAGUGGUUAAUGUAUUGAGGAGCAAGAGUGCUGGUGGACCGUGGGAGGGGAAGGUGGAGCAGGUGGUGAGACCGUUAGAGGAGGCCGGCCAGAUCACCAAGCUGACCAUCGAUGAUUUCCUGUGUCACACUCCCUCUAGGGGGAGGAGGCCUCUGGGAAUAUUGGAGCAGGAAAGAAAGACCAGCCGAAGGACUCGCAGAACUCUGCAGUCCACACUAUUGUUAGAGUAAACCCAUAGUGUUCAAGACUCUCAUCUUUAGAGUAUUAUAUUACAGGAGCAAAGAUAUAUCCUUGACCUGCACACUCUGAAAACAGCCAAUUCAAGCUCAGGCUUUGGCAUCAUCUACCUCCUCCUGUUUUACGCCAGCUUUUGUUACCUUCAGUUGUUGAAAUCAAGUAAGGAAUUGAAUCACUUUAAAAAAGUGGUAUUCUUCUAAUUUGGGAUCUUGUGCAGUUUGCAUUCCUCUUCGAGGAAAUAAAUCGGGUAAUGUCUGUGAACUCUCUUAAUUUCCAUGAGUAUUUACUUGUCAACCCUGUUAAUUAGCAACAUGCAAUACUUAAAAAUGUAAAAACACACA